AUGCGUAAGGCGUCCUCAACGGCUGUGAAUAUGGUGGAUAAGACAUACUGGGGUGUCUUCCAAAUACCGUUUGUUUUUUCCUUGGUCAAUGCUGUGUAUAAAAGGCAUGCCGAGAAAGAUAACAACGCCGAAGUGAAUGCAAAGUCCGAAGAUCAAAAGCUUCUCGAAAGAUUUUACUCAAUGUUCGUGGAAAAUGGGCCUGAAUUACAAGGGGAUAAGCGAGACCGAUUCCUUUGGAUAUCAAAUCUUCUAAUUGAGCUACGAGUCGCAUUCAUGGAGAAUCUUAGCUCCGACCCUGGCUAUGUGUGGAAAGACCGGCAUGAGCUAGAGGAGAUAGCCACAGAAACCCUGCAAGCAUUACCUAUACAUUCCCCGACUAGCCAAAAAGGUAUCAAGCUUAAGAAGCCGAAUAUCACCAUGGUAUUGACCCGGUGCCAUAUUGCUUGA